AAAUAUAAAUGAAAAAUAUGCCAGAAAAAUUUGUGGAAAAAGAUAUACAUAAGUGAAAACUAUAACUGAAAAAAAACUAAGUGAAGCGUCUUUACAGGCAAUUUGCUGUACUAAGUUCCUCAAAAACUCGUAAGCUAUAGGCGUGUGCGUUAGUACAACUACAACGCACGAAAGCGCUAAGACGAGAGAAAGAACCCUAUAUAUCUACAUACAUAUAUACAUAUAUAGACACGACCCUAACAACAUAAGCUGCAUAGCCGCAGUUACACGCGACAGAGACAAACUGGAGUUGCUAACGGUAAACGCGAACCGGCCAACAAGUCGAUUAUCGAUUUUGUCUCCACUGACAUAUAACAAGAUUGCUGCGUGCUAGAAAAAGCUAGCAAAAGACGAACCAGCAAGUGAACAUAAAAACUAAUAAUAAAAGAAAAACUAAUAAUAAAAGGCCAUAAAAUAGACUGAAAGAAAAGAAAAAAUCGACUAUACAAACAACACGAAAGAGCUACGAGCAAAUACUGGCAGACAGACAGCGCAACAGACAGACGGAAGACACUAACUGAAGUCUAGUUGCGCGAGCCAAGUGAGCAGGCGUUUGCAAUAGAGCCCAAAAAACUAUAAAAAAAAACAAAAAUAAAAAACAACAACACAAACAACCAAUACGGGGUGUUGGUAAUGAAACCGGCCGCAUACUAAGGGCGAACGAACGAACGUCUACGAGAAACAAGCGAAUUGCAGCAACGACCCCCCAAACCCUAAACACAAACAAAGAAACAAACAACACAAAUAUUAUUGUAAUCGGUUGAGGGAUUACAGUAACAACGAGUGUAUGCGCGACUGGCGAGCCAAGCGCAAACGAACAGACAAUUGAAGUCGGCGAAAUUGCCAUUUCAACGGCGUGUUAUACAACGUUGGCAGUUGAGCCAACGCUGAAAGGCGAAACCGACAAAUAAUAGCCAGCGAUGAAAACAAAGCGCACAGCGCAAAAGUAGCGAAAACCAUAAAAAAAAAUUAAAAAAAAACAAGUGGCAACUGUGGCAACAGAAAUCAGGCAACGAACGGAAACAGUUGAACAUAAAAGCCAGUUGCACAACAAACACACCAAAAUCACAGAGAAAUCAACGACGCAGCGAGACGUGUAACGUGUAAGAGGAAAUCGAGGCGCAGGAAACACACACACACACACACAGGCACACAACAGUAGCGGAAACGUACUUUUGGCAAAAGAUCAAAAACACGUCCUGUACGAAAGCAGGGACUAGGCGGGCACUACACACACGGCAAGCCGGGAAGCACACAAAGCGGCAGGCAACAUAAGGCAGCAAUCAACAAUUUCGGCAAACAACGGAAAAAGUUGGUGAAUAGGCGCCGACAGCGACAAGACGCCAUAAACGCCACGAUAAGAAAGCUCGUUUUGCCUUUGCUGGAAACUAACGAGUUUCAUUGGCGGCAUAAGGGCCAGCACUAGUUGACAAACACAAAGUAACAAAAAAACCAAAAACAAAACAAAAAAAAAACACAAAUCAACAGUGAAAUUAACGAGUGCAACGGUGGCAAGCAAAAGCACUUGCAUAUAAACCAUUAAAACCGAAAGACUGUUAGAGAAUGAAGACUUUUGUGUGCAAGCGUAUGGCCGCUUAGACUUCGACGUACGCGCCCUAGUAUCAUAAUACCCAAAAACGAAGCCAAAAAACAGUCUUACGCGUUAGUUAGACUAGCUAGAGAUUCCCACUCAACAAGCAAAGCGGCAUUUAAACUAAAAUCCCUCCCAAAAACCAAGAAAAAAAAUAAAGUAAAAAGAGCAACCUUUUGUCAGACCGAAACCACUUCGUCUACAAUUGCAAACACCUAGUCAUCUAUAUAUAUAUAUAAUCCCCGGCAAGUAGUUACGCGAAAAUCCCCAAAAAUAGCACGUCUACUUGAGCGUUUGCGUCGCAUCAACAAAAAGAAAAUGUUCUACUCGCUCGUGCAGACCAUCGUUUGUGUGCUGCUCAUUCAAGCCGGCAUUUAUGCGCUACACUUGAAUGGACCAAGCGCCAACAGCAAUGGCGCGAGCUUGGGUAGCGUCGGCGGCGGCGGCGGCGGCGGUGUCAAUGUGCCAACGAGUCAUGGCGGUAGCGGCGCCGCACAGCUCAAUGCCGCCGUCAAUACAAAUCAAAUGCUGAACAUACUCUCCGCCAAUCAGCAUGCACAACAUCUGCAUGCCGGCGGCAGCGGUAGUGGCAGUGGCGGCGGCGGCGGCGGUGGUGGUGGCGAUAUUGGGCGCUCGCGUACGCUUAGCAAUUCCGCUGUCAAUCCGUUGGGUAAUGCCGGCCGCUUGUCACAGGAAUUAGCCGAUAGAGCACAGCUCGAACGCGAACGUCUCAUGUUACUCGGACUGGCGAAGCAGACAGCGCUGGCAAGUGGCGGUGGUACCGGUCAUCAUGGACGUCCCAUUAUUACUGGUCGCAUACAAAUGAGUCCCGUCGACGAUGUGGAGAGCGACUAUACGUCGCUGUUGUUGCCACAGACACGUGGUCCGUUGUAUGGCAGUGUUGUUAAAGAGCCGGCGGCCGUGGAGGAUGAUGAGUAUGUCGAUGAGGAGCAGCGUGAAUACGAUAGAGCACGUUUGGCUAGCGGUGCACAUAGGAAGUAUGAGUAUGGUCGUAUAGUCGAGCCAGCUGAACGUGAAGAGUAUGCGGAGCCGCAGCCCAUCGAUGAGUUGGAUGAGCUAAUUGAAGCUGAACCGGAGAUGGACGAUGUGCUCUCCGAUUUAGAGAGCUAUCAGUAUUUGGAUGAGCUGUUGCCGCCAGAGCAUCGCAGUUUGUGGGGUGAUGACGGUUUGGGUUAUGGCAUUGCCGGCGGCAAUAGUCGUCCGCAUCAUCUGAAUGACGGUUUUCCAUUGCUGUUGAAUCCAUAUCGCACGCUUGAAGAGUUGGAGAAUAGUCCGUCGCACACCUUGCAAGAAAUAUUCGAAAAGGAGUCGCAUGACAAAGCCGAGACGAAAGCCCACCGCCAACAUGUGUUACACCCGACACGCGAGCAGCAGAAGCAGCAGCAACAGUACGAACAACAACAACAACAACAAGCACGUCAUCAACAGUCAACGCAGCCACAGCAGCAAUAUACAUUCAGCGGCGGCGUUAAGCACCGCAACGGUGGCUACGGCGUUGACUACAACAACAACAUGCAGCAGAAGUGGCAGCGUAAGCGUUCGCAGCAACAACAACAGCAACGUCAAUUACAGCAAUGGCAACGCAAUAUAUUUGGCCAGCAACUAAAACAACAACAAUUACAUCAUUUCGGCGCGCAGCCACAGCGCCACAGCAAACUGUCGCUGGCCAACUCAGAAGCCACCGCCACUAAACAUAUACCGUUAAAUGACAGCACCAAUGACCUCAACAACAAUAACAGCAAUAACAAAUUGUCAAGCGCUUUGAACGCAUUGGCAACGCAACAACAAAGUUCCUCCGCACCUAUAAUAACCAGCGGCGAUGCGGCUAUAAAGAGUGAUCAGCUGCAGCAACAACAACGACAACAACAACAACAGCAAGAACCAGAUGAGCCAAGACAGGUUGGCAAGGUUAGCACUGCUGAUGAUGCCAGCCCAGCAACGGGCUUAUCAAAGGCUGCUGCCAAAUUGAAGGCACAGCAGCAGCAGCAGCAACAACAACACAAAAAACAGCAGACGCCGUCACAAAAGCAAGAUUCUUUCUUGCAUCCCAACCAUAAGCGCUCCGGCAGCGUUGGUGGCGUCGGUGCCGCCAAUGGCAUGUCGGCAGCGGCUGCUGCGGCGGCGACUAACGGUUACUCCUCCAUCGCCAGCCAGCUGAUGUUGCGUACGGCGCGAGGGCAGCGGCAGUAUGACGUGCCACAAAUAGAAUGCCCUACCGCCAUGGAUGGCAUGGAGCGGUUCGCGUGUCCCACACCUGAUGUGCAGGGGCGAUAUCGCUGCAUAGACGAUCACGUGCUAUGCGACGGCUUCAUCGAUUGUCCGGAAGGUGAAGAUGAAGACCGAAGAUCGUGUAUGUUCUACAAAACGGUCAAAGCUCACCUAGACGUUUUGGCGGAUGCGCUGCUGCGCUGGGCGCGAGGGCGUUAAACAACAACAACAUAAACCAUACACGUAUUAAACACAACAUAAACUCGCCUUCCUAUGCAUGAAUGCAAACAGAACAUAAAAACAGAAGAAACACUACUCAUCCGAAGCAAACACAAAUAGAUAUGUGACUGCUAGCACUCACAUGUCCAACACAUAAAUAACAACCAGCACCACCGCAGCUAAAUUGAGAGCGCAAAAGAACACGACAAAACACAAAGCGCCAACAAACCGAAAGUCAAAUAACUAAUUAUUCCGCAAAAUCAUACCGAUGGACACUGAGACACACACACACACAAACACAAACUCCGACACGCAUGGUCGCAUAUGAAAGCGCAACAGAAUAAAAGAGAUAAGCGACAGUGAGAGGGAGAGAGAGAGAGAUGGCGAGCGAGCGUUAUAGUAGUAUUGUUUGUAAAAAGCUGUAAAAGUUAUGUCAAAAUAACAAAGUACUAGAGAAAUAAGAAAAAACAAAAAAAAAAAACAAAAAUAAGUAUAACAACUGAAGACAUUAACUGUUAUUAGCGAUAUGUGUGGCAAGCAUGUGAAAUGUUAAUCAAAAACAAGAAAAAACAAAAAUAAAAUUCAUAAAGUAGUUGUGAAUUGAAAUGAGCGUGUGCAAAAACCCCAAAUGAAUGCCAGCAAAUGAAAACUUAUGUAUGUAGUAGUAAAUGUUUAAUCAACUAGUAAAAAGCAAGGUGUAAGGAAUACUUAAUGUUAUACAUAUGAAUUAUGAUUACAAUUUUGAUUACUUAUUACUUACAAACAAA